UUUGGUUAGUACUGUAUACAACAUACAAUUUCAAGGUGUAUAACUAUAUAGUCACAUGUUGAUCAAAAUUCACAUGUUAAACAUAUGUUUUUAAUCGAAUUCCACGAGAUGCAAUGGAUUGGGGACGACUUAAAUUGAAUCCUAAGAUUACAAAUGCAGUGAAAAAAGCAAGUGUGAGAUCAGCUAAAGAGAUUCUCAGUCUCUCGGGUCCUGAUUUACAAAGACUGACCCAUCUAUCCAAGGGUGAUGUCCAUCUCCUUCAUAGUGCUGUUGCUGCUGAAUACCGCAAGGCACGACCUGUCACAGCUUUAGAGUUGUCACUUGGAGAAUGGCCCUCCUUGGAGCCUGGACACAGACUUUCGUUUGCCUGUCCUGUUUUGGAUGACUUCUUGCGUGGUGGUCUUCCACUGAAUGGAAUAACAGAGCUGGCAGGCGAGAGUGCUGCUGGAAAGACCCAGUUUGGUCUGCAGCUAUGCCUGUCUGUCCAGUAUCCACAAGACCAUGGGGGACUUGGAACAGGAGCUGUAUAUAUCUGCACUGAAGAUUCUUUUCCCAUCAAGCGACUGCGGCAACUAAUUACUCAGCAGUCCAGGCUCCGCCCACACGUACCACCAGCUCUGAUUCACAGCCUCCGCUUCAGUGACAACAUCUACAUUGAGCACACUGCAGACCUGGAAGCUCUGCAGACCUGUGUGUCCCAGCGUGUGCCCCUGCUGCUGGAACGAGGUCUGGUGCGGCUGGUGGUGGUGGACUCAGUGGCUGCUCUGUUCCGUAGUGAGUUCCAAGCCGAUGAGGCCAUAGAGCGAGCACGCCAUCUGCUGGCCUUCUCUCGCAACCUCCAUUGCCUCAGCCAUACGUAUGGUGCACCGGUGCUCUGCAUUAACCAGGUAUCUGACCUCGUGGACAGCCCAAACCCAGGGCGGUGUGAUUAUGGGCUGGUAGGCAGCAAAGUGCUUCCUGCUCUGGGUCUCGCUUGGGCCAACCAGGUGCUGGUGCGUCUUAUGCUGAGGAGGCAGGAGCGCUGUCUGAGGGUCGGGGGGCAGACCAGCACUGUCCGCAGUCUGGAGGUGGUUUUUGCUCCCCACCUGCCCCGGACCAGCUGCCUGUGCGGAGUGUGGGAGGAAGGGGUUAAGGGGGUUCCUCGUGAAGGCCUUCGGGAAAAGCCCCCAUGUCCCAUAUAACAGCCCUGGACUACACACCAAAAGUUUCAAAUGGAGCAAUACACCAGAGAUUCUCUAAAGAAUGAUGGACUCCGUUCACUUUUGCUGCAUAGAAUUAAAUUGAAAUUAACUUUAUAUUUAAUAGUUUGUUUGUUGAAAUGACCUCUAAAAAGGUAGGUUGGCUAUACCAUGCAUGAUCAUAUAUUUUUAAUGGUUGAAUAUUUAUUUGAGUAUUGUGUCUUUGAUGCCUUGAAUAAAUGAUUUUACAGUUAGUAUUUAUCUCAUUAUAUUGUAUCAAGUUAAAUAUAGUCUAGUAAUUACAGAAAUAGCAACAUCUCUCAACUAUGUAGAAUAAUGUGUACAAAAUGAGAAAUUUCUUUGCAGACCAGCAGGGGGCACCAGGGGAGUCAUUUUUUGUCUAUAUAUCCUAACCAGAAAAAUAUUGAUUGCUUAUGUGUGCUGCUCUGUAAGCAGGUUAUUUCUGAAUGCUGAAAUGCAGGGACAGAUAUGGCAGUAAUAUCACAAGUGAUUUGCUUAAGGGAGGAUUAUCAAAUUCUGUUCUAACAAGAUCUUUCAGCCUGGCUUUAGCACUGGCCUUAAUUCCCACCUGCUUUAAGACAACCACCAUUGUGUCUAUAACACUGAAAAGCAUAACAUGUUUUAAAUGCUACAUGUGCUAACCCCAGUUGUGAUGAAGUGCUUUCAAAGAAGAAGCAGUACCUUAUUAAUCCAGCUGUGGAAAUUAGGUCUCUGCAUUUUACCCCCCCCCCACACACACACACACACACACACACCUGGAGUAGUGGGCAGACACUAGGGAGUUGGGAGCCUUGCUCAAGGGCAUGUCAGUGGUGAAUAUUGGAGGAACAGAGAACACUGCUCCUUCAGUCAACCUGCCAGUACAUGGAAUCAAACUGUUGACCCUUUAGUCCCAAGCCUGCUUCGCUAACUGCUUCUCCAAAGACCCAGAUUCCGAAGAAUAUACAGAACGCUUGGAUUCCCUCCAUUUCACUUAUUGAUCAUACAGGUCUACAGAUACAUUGUAUUGCCUUUCACACAGCUCCUUUUGAUCUAGACAGGCAGGGUAGUUAUGUGAGAAUGCUGUUAAUUGAUGUCAAUUUGGCAUUCAAUACACAAUUACAUUAAAUUGACUC